AAUAGAGUACUUAUCAGAUUGUAGUGACAACAAUGAGUUAUCUUUAUCUUCUUUUUCUUCAUCAGAAUUCUUUCCAUCUCUUGAGAGUAUUUUCCUCUUUUACUAUCCUAAUCUGAAGGGUUGGUGGAGGAGGAGGAGUGAUUCUUAUAAUGUGGAUGUCAAUACAACGACUGAUCAUCAAAAUUCCUUUGAAACACCUUCAUCAAUGAUGAGGAAUGCUUUACUAUUCCCUCGUCUUUCAAAAUUAGAAAUAUGGUAUUGCCCUCUGUUGACUUCAUUUCCAAUGUUUCCACAUCUGAAAGAAGAGUUACUCCUAUUGAAUGCCAGGUGGAAGGUAGUGCAACAAACAAUAACGAAUGCCUCCUCCUCCGCUUCCUCUACACCCAUUGCCUUUUCAUCUCCUCCUCUCUCCAAAUUGAGGUAUAUAUUCUUACGAGAAAUUAAGGAUCUAGAAACACUGCCAGAGGAUGGGUUGCAAAACCUCGUAUCUCUCCAGUAUUUGAAGAUAAAGCGCUGCCCUAAAUUUAAGUCUAUCCCCCAAGGUGUACAAUAUCUCACUGCACUUCAAAACCUGGAGCUUUUUGAUUGUCCUAUGCUUGAUCUAGGCAACGAUGAGCACGUUAUGCAAUGGAAAGGGCUUAAAAGCCUCAUCUCUUUGAACUUUCAAAGUAUUCCGAAAUUGGUGUCUCUACCAUUGGGGCUUCAACAUGUUACCACUCUACAAGAGCUCCGAAUCUCAGAUUGUUCAAGCUUGAUGACUAUGCCAGAGUGGAUAUGCAAUUGGGCAUCACUUGAGCGGUUCACGAUUUCUAGAUGCUCUGGUUUAACAUCACUGCCUGAAGCAAUGAGUAGGCUAACCUCUUUGAAAGUGUUGACAAUUCAUGAUUGCCCCAUCUUAUUACAAAGAUGCGAACAAGACGGAGGUGAGGAUUGGCCCAAGAUUGCUCACAUCCCAAAGCUGGAGUACUUUGAUCCUCAACUGGAAUACAACUGAUCUAGGAGAAUAGUAAGGAGGAAGAAGAGCAAAGGGAAGAAAUAUAGGAGGCCGCAAGGUUGAGGCUGUGUAAUUUCACGACAACAAUUUGAACAGGGCCUGCAUGUUUCUUAGCAUCGAAAGUGAUAGUAAUUUUAUUUUUGCUGAACUUGGGAUGAUACUGAUCAUUCUUUCGUACCUGAGGCAGAAGUUAUUGGUAGGAAGGAUGACAAGAUGAAGAUCAUAGAUAUACUUCUUUCUGAUUCCAAUGUUAAAGAGAAUGUAGGAAUCCUUCCGAUUAUAUACCACACUAGCUCAAUUCAUUUUCAAUGACCAGACGAUCCAAACAUAUCUUUGAUGUUCAAAAAAUUGUAGAAAAAAUCUUAGAAUCUGUAACAAACGAGAAACAAGAAGUUGCUGCAAUGGAGGCAUUGGCCUCUCGUAUUCGGAAAAAAUUUGAAGGAAAGAAGUAGUUACUAGUGUUGGAUGAUGUGUGGAAUGAGGAUAGUGAGAAAUGGGAUAAAUUGAGAAUUUUGUUGAUGCUAUCCAAAGAUUAAAGAGAAGGGAUUUAUUAAUCAUGUAAUGUUUUGAAAAUCAAUUACAAUAAGCAAAGCAUUGCUUCAAAUGUGAGGGAAGUAGAUCAUUUGUUUUAUUUUUGAGAUUUUAUUGUUCUUGAAAGACAA